GCUUGUAAGUAGGCAUUGUAUUCGGUGCAUGUGACAUACAUUUUGAUGUGCUCUCUCUAUCCCCCUCCCCUCCAGCCCGAUCGCCAGUGUUCAGUGCCAUGUUUGAACAUGAGAUGGAGGAGAGUAAAAAGAACCGUGUGGAGAUCAACGAUGUGGAGCCCGAGGUGUUCAAGGAGAUGAUGUGCUUCAUCUACACGGGCAAAGCCCCCAACCUAGACAAGAUGGCUGACGACCUGCUGGCUGCGGCUGACAAGUAUGCUCUGGAGAGGCUGAAGGUGAUGUGUGAGGAUGCUCUGUGCACCAGUCUGUCUGUGGAGAACACUGCAGAGAUCCUCAUCCUGGCAGACCUGCACAGUGCAGACCAACUCAAAACACAGGCUGUGGACUUCAUCAACUACCAUGCUGCUGAGGUGAUGGAGACAUCUGGCUGGAAGUCCAUGGUGGCAUCCCACCCCCACCUGGUGGCUGAGGCCUAUCGCUCCCUGGCCUCGGCCCAGUGCCCCUUCCUGGGACCCCCACGCAAACGCCUUAAACAGUCCUAGUGUCCCUGGAUCCCUUGCCCAGCUCUGCUCUGCCCUGGGACCACAGAGGGCCCUACUCUGCUCUCCUCCUCCUCCAGGCCCCCUCCAGAACCUAGAGACGCCCAGAUUGAUACCAGAGCUCCUCCCGCCUCCCUCAGCUGAAAGUACAGGGGGGAUGGUAUGGAUUUGGUACAAAGACGAUGAAAAAAAGGGAUGAUCCACCCUGAUAACUGAAUAUAGACAGUGACUACCUUGUCUUACCCUGUACACCUGUAGAGAACAGAGUGUUUGGGUAUAGGAGGGAGGUAGAAGUUGUAAAUUCAUUUUUUUUUUUUUUUACUUUACAUUUUUUUUUAAGUCCUCCUUGUAGCAUUGUGUAAAAGCCCAAGCUUUAUGUAUGAAAUCAGAAAAACAAACAAAAAAGACAAUAACCAAAAAUGGACAAAGAUAAGGUUUUGGUUGAUGAAGUGCCACCAUGUCCCAGUCAUCUUCCCUGAGCAGAGAAACACCCUGUAGUUCAUGUUUGACAUCCAUCUUGUACAGAAUAACAUUUUAAGCAUUUUUCUCACCGAAGGGCAAAAAGAAAGGUGAUUUUUGCAAGAAACAAGAUGGAGAUGAACACGUUUUAAUGUUCAAAAUGUCCAACCUUUUUCUCUAAGAAAAACGACAUACAAAAACAUAUUAUAUCAACUGUUUUUACUCUGACCCUUUUCAGGACUACUUUCCUCAUUGGUGGAAUUAGAACGCACUCCUGCAUCACUGUCAAAACGCUAACAAAUGUUUUGUCUCAACACAAAAUACAGCUAUUUUGGAUUGUAAAA